CGUCGUGUUGCAAGCGCGCCUCUACACAUUUCAGGCUCUGGACUCACUGCGCGAUGGCGACGACGUUUUCACUGUGGUUUAGUUCCUGUGUUUGGCUCGCUGUGUCACUAUGCGUUUGCUUUGCCUCGUCCCAGCGCCACAGGUCAGUUAAUGGGGCAUCCCGCAUCAGAAGAGAGCCGGAAUGUUUGGAUGGCACCUACAACUUUAGAAACUGGACCUGUUGUAACUGCCCUGUUGGACAGCGAGUAAUACGGCAUUGCACUAAUGGCAAUAGAAGGGAUGGAAAAUGUGAAAUCUGCGAGAAGGACACAUACAACAGUGAGCCUAGUGACCGGGAGACCUGUCACCGCUGCACCUCCUGCGCACAGGCAAAUGCUAAUUUAGAAGUAGAAGAAGAGUGCACUGUUGGUAGGGACACCAAGUGUCGAUGCAAGGAAGAUCACUUCUGCAGCAGUGAAAGUUGCACAAUCUGCCAUCCAUGUAAAAAAUGUGGAAUUGGUGGUGUUAAAGAAGCCUGUACAGACAACAGUGAUGCAGUCUGCAAUGGAGAUGGUGGAGCUAUUGCUGGAAUUAUUAUUCUAGUACUUGUUAUUGCUGGAGCCGUUGUAGGAAUAAUCUGGAUAGCGAAGAGAAAACAAAAGAAAGAGGAUGAAAAAAGCAAAGAGAAGCUCAUCCGUCGUCUUUCAGAUGUUGACAUUGUUCCUCACCUGCCUGAUAUUGCAAGGGAGCUUAGAUGGAAAAAUGCAAGAACCCUAGCUCUCCGCACUGGGAUAAGUUUGGUUACUACUGAAUCUUAUGAAAUGGAGUAUCGAAAUGAUGCUGAGGAGCGAACCGUACAGCUGCUGUUUAAGUGGGUGGAGAAGGAAGGCAAACAGGCCUCAAAGAAACUUAUCGAAAACCUUGUGGAUAUGAAACAACAGAAAAAAGCGACACAGAUCAGAGAUAUAUUGUUAAAACAUAGUUCACCAUCAAACAAUCCUGCAAGUAACUGCUGACAUAUAUACACAAUGAACUUGAAGGACUUUGAAUUCUAAAGAAACAAUCUUGCAAAGUUACCUCUUGAUUUUCCAUUCAGGUUGUGAAAGCUGAUUUCGAGUUGCAAUAUAUCUAAAUUUGAUUGUUUUUAUUUUUCAGUGUUGUUUUUAAUUUCAUGAUCAUAAUAAUAAUGCUCAUUUUAAAAAAUCCAUGUGUCAUAAGGGACAGAUGAAUGUCUUGCUACAGCUUCUAUAUUAUGCAAUAAUAUUUGAUGAACCUGGAGUUUGUAAAAGCUUUGUUUUGGUUUUGGUUCCUUCCUUGCUUUUCAUGGCUUAUUUUUAGGUCUAUUACGUAGCUGUUAUCUAAUGCUAAUAAACAUUUUUCAAACUUCAAAAGAGAAAACAACUGACAAAAAAACAACUAAUAAAAAUGUCCUCUUUCAUUGGCCCUUUGGCUCGGUUUUGCACAACAAGAUCUUUGUUUAAAGGAAAUAUAUUAAAAACUAUCACCACUUCCGUGCUUUUUAACAUUAUUAAACCCAUCCAUCCAGUAAUUUCUGUUAAUAUAAACAGUGUGGUUGUGGUGUAAACAGGCUAAGAAGGGAAUUCCAGGUGUGCAGCACUUCCAAUUUUUCCUGCCUGAGAAGAACUGUGUUCCCACAUGAGAUAUAUAAUCUCUCCAGUGACUUCUCGACCAAGGCUAUUGCUGUUUACCAAAAACAAACUAAAAUCUAAAACUGGAAAUGAAAAAAAAGUUAACUAAAAAUAAAAACUAGGCUUUUGAAAAAUGUACUAAACAUAAUUUUGUGAACAUGGAAAACGAACUAACAUGUUUUUUAGUUUUAUUGGGGGAAAAAAAUCUUUUGAGUUCUUGUGUUUUUAUAUUAUGGUUUAUGUUUUGAGUCCUUUGUUGUACUAUGUUUGUUAUUUCCCUAGGUUUCAGUUAUGGUUAUCAUAGGUUUAGUUCUUAGGUUUUGUAAUACGGCUUCACUGUGUUCCAUGUUGUGUCUACUGUGCCUUUCUGUACCAUGUUUCAGGUUCCUAUGUUCUGUCUCCACAGUUGCUGUUAAGUUUACAUGUCUAGA